GCGUGCGGAGGGAAACCUGAGCUGGUUUGCAGGAGACUCGUGUGCUCGGCUCCCGUGGCUCAGUAGCAGCUGCCCGGCUCCUCGCUAUCAUGAGCCCAGCCUCAGCUGAGCAGUUUCCUGACAACCCGCUUCGCGUUGAGGAUGCUAUGCAAAGCCACAAUAGCCCGAGGGCAGAACCGAGGAGGGAAGCAAGGAGGACCCAGGCCUCCCCAGGACACGAUUCUGCUAAUGCAUCUCUCAAAACUGUCUGCACCAUCAGGAGGUUGUUCCUGCUGCUCGGGGCUGCCGGGCUGCUGGCAGGGACAGCGGCUGGGGCAUGGCUCCUAGUGAAGCACCUGAAGAAGCCUCAGCCAGACCAGGGCUUCUCCCCGCUGCAGGAGCCAGAUGCGGUCCCAGCGUGCAGUGACGGUGAAGAGGAAGACCCUGUGGUCCGUGGGGCUCCCAGUAGAGGUUUACAUCUUUGCUUGCUGCCACAGAGGAUGGGGAGAGGGGUGUGCUCUGCAGGACAGUGCCUGCCAAGCCCAGCAAGAACAGAAAAGAUGCUCUUUAGUAAUAAAUAUGUGCUGGUGACCCUCUACCUUCUUUCAGCUGCGUUUUGUGAUUGUUUCACUUAGCUUUCCAGUCAUGCUACAUUCCCCA